AUGGCCGACUCCACGGUUCCCCGAGGCGCUCGAGCCUAUUUCGAAUCAUGGAAAGAAUUCAUUCGUGACCAAGAGGACCUGAAUUCCAAGGACGUCAUCAUAGGCGUCGUGCAAAGCUGGAUCUACGCUUUGUAUGACACCCGCUACUUUGUGCCGCAAUGGGACGAGCAGCUCCUCGGCCCGGCAUGGCGACAGAGACGUCAGAAGUGGGAUUUCGAGAACCCCCCCAAGCCUUGGCCGCUGACCGACCCGAAGAUGAAAGAUGCCUUCAAGCACUGUGAUAAGUGCCAACUGACCUGGCUGGUCGGAUACAGCAAGCUCGAGCACCACGAUCACCCGCAGCAUCUUGCUUGGAAGAUUCCCGAGGACGACACUAAUGCCAACCGAGCGGGCCUCAUUACUGGAUGUUCUCUCGUCAUUCACAUUCAUGGAGAUGCUCUUCCGAAAGGCCAGGCAUCGAAAAGCCCUACAGGAAGUACGGCUAGUCUGGGCGUUUUCUUCGGACCAGAUUCUAAGUUCAAUAUUGCCGGACCUUGCAGCGAGGCGCAAUAUGACGCAGAAAUUGCCGAGCUCGCUGCUGUCAUGUCAGCCCUUGUGAUUGUGCAGGUCAUGGUUGUCGACGAGCACAAAGAACUCCUGAGCGAGACUGUAAAGGGCAAGUCCGAAGAGACUACCACGAUUGAAGAACACCUAGCAUCGCUUGACUUCGAGCUCAUGCAACGCUCCUCCGCCCAAACAUCGGGAAGCGCACCCCCGCCACCUCAAAAUGCCGGUGGUAGCAACAGCAGCAGCGGUAGCAGCAGCGCUGCACUGCCUUACAAGACCGACAAGCUGCCGUUCCGCAUCAUCCUGGUCUCGGACAACGCGCAGGUCGUGGACAACAUCUGCAAGUACCGCAAGCAGUGGCGCGAGGAAGGCGGAAAGCUAUUGACCAAGCACAGGAAGCCGGUGAAGAACGGCAGAUACUACCAGGACAUCGAGAGAGUGCUCACCGCAAUCGAGGCGCGAUGCGCGUUCGUGGUGAAGUUCUACUGCGUUUCGAAGGAGCGCAACAAGGGCGCGGCGGAGUUGGCAAAGGACGCCCUUCAGGGAAAGUUCUGCGGAAACGUCCGCAAGGCGGUGGAGUUGUCUAAGCUCAAGGCGAAAGCUGAAGAGCAGUCCUCGGCCUCGGCCCAGGAAGAGGUAUUGUAA